AACUGCAGUUGUGAUUGCGCUCUACAAACGCAUCUUGCAUUGAGAGUGCGCUUGGCUUCAACCCUGCGUGUCCAGAUAUGAUCCAAUUAUGCUGAAAACGGUCAGAGAAAUCUUAAGUGACAGCUCGCAUCAGUGGAACGACUGCGACAAAUAGCUAAAACGGAUACAACAAAUAGAGCGUUUUGUGAGAGGUGGUUAUCCAUUUACUACGGCUUACACUUUUGACCACGUCGGCAGUGCACUGAAAGCAGACAGUGGUGAAAAACGAUUUAGUAGGCUAUUAAAAUACAUCAGUUCUUUUGAUUUUAUGUCGAGGGCUUUCCAGGAGAAUAUCGUCAAUAUGAGGGAAUUAAUAAUACGUUAUUAAAUUCCUUUCAGUCCAAAGAGAUAAACCAACUGGACAGGAGCCGCGAGUGUGGGCUUGCUGGAGAGAAAAAAAGGGAACUAGAAAGAAGCGAGAGACUGGAGGGGUUGAUGAUGCGUUAUGGUUAAUGUAACAUUUGUCGUCAAUCUGGAGUUCAGACGUGACAAUGGACAGAUAAUGGAAGCAGCGACUACAGGAUUUCGAGAGUCAAUGAUUUUCUGGUAGCCGUUUGCUUUUGAUAAUGCAUUGUGUGAAGAAGAGCGGCAAAGGAAAUAACAUCGCGUGGGUUUUGGAUACAGGCACAACCACAACUCCAAAGACAACCGAAAUUAUGUAAUUCAUGGAGAUGUUCUAUUGCUCGAAAUCUAAUUUAAUCUCAAACUGAAAUAAUUGGAUCAAACAUUUUAAUAUAGGGAAAAGUCGAGACAGUGGGCUCCGCGCGUGCGGCUCAGCCUAUGUAGUUCCAGAUGCACGACGGUAUUCUGUGUUACUUUUUAUGGCUACAGCUGGAGACCGAACGGUUACGAGCGAGCUUUGACAGACAUGUGCGGUCGAGAGCAGCAAUAAUAUCCCUCAUCGCACAGGAGCCAACGGUCUGUGAUUCUGCAAUAAGGAGCCGAUAAAAGCAAUAGAUUGCUCUGUAACUAAAGUGAUCAAGUGCGCAAUGGGCGACAAGGUGUCAAACUUCAGGGGAAGCACCCGUGAGGGUCUAUCGUCACCUACCAGACGGAUACUUUAACGAUUGGCGAAGCUCUCAGCAAAAAAGAAGGGAAACGUUUUACAUUUAGAAGAGAGAUUAACUUUUGGUUUGGAAUUUAAUUGGAUUAACGGUAGGCAAAAGAAAGACACUUUCUGGGUGAAUUUAGUCACAUUCUCUGCCUGACAGUACCACUGUGAUAAUGGUCGAAAGGUUUACAUGUUAUUAUUUAGAAUAUUACAUAUAACAUCGGACUGCACUUGACUUGAUCACUUUUGUCUACUCAAUUACACAGGGUAGGCUACGAUUAAGUGGCAAUGAUGGACGCCAAUAGGUUAGUCUUUUGAAGUCAAAGAAUAUAUAGCCAUAUUAUUAUUUGUGUCAAUAUAUUGAGAUAUAAAAGGGAUAUUUUAAUUUGCACUAUGAUGGAAGUACCACCACCAUGCUCGAAAAAGAGCCUUUCUCUCUCGCUCCCCGUUCCCCGGGAGCAGGCGACCCUAAAGCCUCCGCAACAUCUUUGGAGACAGCCACGGACCCCCAUCAAAAUCAAACACCGGGGAUACUCCGACACCGACCGCCAUCACCACCGAGGGAUAGAGCGCUCUAAUGCCAUGGACACGAGCGACAGACCGGGGCUGAGGAAGUGUCGGAUGUCCUGGCCAUCCUCGUUCCAAGGAACCACGAACCCCUCCAUCGGCAAUUGUGUUGGAAAUAAACGUUUUGACUCAGAGAAUGGUCCUUCGCCCGGCCGCAGCCCCAUGGAUUCGCAGGCGAGUCCUGUGCUGGGGCUGCACCCCUCCUUUACCACAGAGGGGUGCAGGAGUCGCGGGGAGCGCAGGGAGUCCUUCCUGUACCGAUCAGACUCCGACUAUGACAUGUCCCCCAAGAACAUGUCACGCAACUCCUCCAUCAACAGUGAGGGGCAUGCAGAAGAUCUCAUAGUCACCCCUUUUGCUCAGGUGUUGGCCAGUCUACGAACUGUAAGAAGCAACUUCACCAUCCUCGCCAAUGUCACGACACCCACUAACAAGAGGUCACCAGUGACAAGCCAACCCACUGUUCCCCAGGCAACACUCUCUGAUGAGACGUACCAGCAGAUGGCAAGGGAGACUCUGGCUGAGUUAGACUGGUGUCUGGACCAGCUGGAGACCAUCCAGACCCACCGCAGUGUCGGUGACAUGGCCUCCAACAAGUUUAAGAGGAUGUUGAACCGGGAGCUAUCUCACCUGUCAGAGAUGAGUCGUUCAGGGAACCAGGUGUCUGAAUACAUCUCCACUACCUUCCUGGAUAAGCAGAAUGAGGUAGAGAUCCCGUCUCCGACCCUGCGGGAGCGGGACCGGGACAAGCCCAUGUGUCAUAUCAGUGGAGUGAAGAAGCUGACGCACAGCUCCAGCCUGUCCAUCAACACCACCAUGCCACGCUUCGGAGUCAAGACGGAACAGGAGGAUGCACUGGCCAGGGAGCUGGAUGACUUGAAUAAGUGGGGCCUUAAUAUCUUUCGUCUGGCUGAGUUCUCCAAUAAUAGGCCUCUCAGCUGCAUCAUGUUCGCCAUCUUCCAGGAGAGGGAUCUGUUGAAGACGUUUCGAAUCCCUGUCGACACCUUCGUGACCUACGUUAUGACCCUGGAGGACCACUACCAUGCCAACGUGGCCUACCACAACAGCCUCCACGCCGCUGACGUCACACAGUCCACCCACGUCCUGCUGUCCACACCGGCUCUGGACGCUGUGUUCACUGAUCUGGAGAUCCUGGCUGCGUUAUUCGCUGCUGCCAUCCAUGAUGUGGAUCAUCCUGGCGUGUCCAACCAGUUCCUCAUCAACACCAACUCGGAGCUGGCUCUGAUGUACAACGAUGAGUCAGUCCUGGAGAACCACCACCUGGCCGUGGGCUUCAAGCUGCUCCACGAGGACAACUGUGACAUCUUCCAGAACCUCAGCAAGAGGCAGAGACAGAGUCUGCGCAAGCUCGUUAUCGAUAUGGUGUUGGCGACGGAUAUGUCCAAGCACAUGAGUUUGCUGGCUGAUCUGAAGACCAUGGUGGAGACGAAGAAGGUGACCAGUUCAGGAGUGCUCCUGCUCGACCACUACACUGACCGCAUCCAGGUGCUGAGGAACAUGGUGCACUGUGCGGACCUAAGUAACCCCACCAAGCCCCUGGUCGUGUACAGAGAGUGGACUGAGCGCAUCAUGGAGGAGUUCUUUAGACAGGGGGACAAGGAGAGGGAGAGAGGCAUGGAGAUCAGCCCCAUGUGUGACAAACACACUGCUUCUGUGGAGAAGAGUCAGGUGGGCUUCAUCGACUACAUCGUGCACCCUCUGUGGGAGACGUGGGGGGACCUGGUGCACCCUGACGCCCAGGACAUCCUUGACACUCUGGAGGACAACAGGGACUGGUACCAGAGCACCAUCCCCCAGAGCCCCAUCUCCCCACCCCCAAUCCCCCUCGGCCCAGACAAGAGGCUCAACGCCUGCAUCGACAAGUUCCAGUUCAAGCUCACCUUGGAUGACGACACCGAGGGAGGACAGGAGGAGGAGGAGGAGGAGGAGGAGGGGAAAACCACCCCCAAUCACAUGGUGCUGGACUGCAGUCAGGGAGAGGAGGAAGACAAGAAAGAAGAGGAGGAAGGAGAGGACGUGUUAAAUGAUGAAAGGGAAGGAGACAUCAUCGAGGAGGAAGGGGAAGUACGGAUGGAGGAGGAGGUAGAGGAGGAGGAGGAGGAGGAGGAGGAGGAGGAGGAGAAGAGGGGAGUUCUCCAGAAAGCUCAGUCAGGGGUGGAGAUACACUCUGACACAAGCCCCGUGGAGGACUGCGAGGAGGAAGACUCCUCCUCACCAGCUGAUGACACAUGAGUUCCGCUCCUCUCUCCCUGGCCACACCCCACAUGCACACACCACGCCCCUGUUGUCCACCCUUUAUUUCCAAUGGCCAAAACCCAAGAUCAAAUAAGACUACAUAGACCUUAGACAAUAGACCUUUAAAUCUAUUUUUCAAAAAGGGAACACAAAUAAUAUUGCUUAAAGAAAAGCUAUUUACACAACAACUGUAGAUUUGGAGUUGGAGCUGGAGGUGUUUCUUCCAGCUGAUGGUAUGAGGAACAGCUAUGAGGACAAAGAGGAACAUAGAGAAGCAUUAAUAAUGGGCCAUUGAAGACAGUGUAGCACUGGAAAUGAAACACACACACAUAAACAUGCACAAACUCACCUCCACACACAAAUACACCUCACUCACACACUUUGAUUCAUGGAGAAAAAAAACCUCUGAAGUCUACACACGAGAAUGUGUGUGUUUGUGUGUGUGUUUGUGUGUGUGUUUGACUCUGAUUGGUAACGAAUCUCUUUGGAAAAAGCCAUCUCUAUAUGGAGUAUUAACUAGUGUCAGUCAGUAUUACUAGUUCAUGUUUGUUAGAAUUCAACAAGAACUCUGUUUUUUUCUGAGUGACUUAUUUUCCAUUUCUGUCGGAAAGAAGACUACAGAUAUCUAUCUAUAGAGGAGGAGAGGCGCGAGAAAAGAAGAGAGGAUUACGUUUAAUAAAGAAAGGAAGACGCUGUGAUGAGGGGACCUGAGGGUCCCGCCUCCAUUUUCCCAUUUUCCCUUUAUGAAGAAGCGCUACCGGUGCAAGAUGGCUGUGUGCCUUUCUGGAAACACCAGCUCCUGAAACAUGAGGCUGUCGUGAAGCAAUGCAUCGUGGGACAGGAGUCUCUGCUUUUGUCUUCAUUUUUGACUGUCUCUUGUUCAAAGAUCUAUUGUAACUGUUCAUGAUUUAGUGUGUGUGUGCGUGUGUGUGCGUGCGUGCACGCGUGUGCGUGUGCGUGUGUGUGUGUGAGUGUGCGUGCGUGUGUCACAUGCUCAGUCUGUUUCUGUGGUGACAGGUUUUCAGCUUUAAGUCUUCCUUUGUUGCUUUUCAAGUUGAUGAGACGUUUCAGAACUCGUAGAUAAGGAGAAGUCACUAUCCCCACACCACCACACCUGCUGCUUGUGGACUCUCCAGUUUUUACAUACAAAAAUUAUUUGUCUUUUUUACUUUCUGAGGAUAAGCCAUGAGAUACUUUAGAGUAUAUGUUCUGCCUGUUUUCUAUUUAUUCUUGUUUUUUGCUAAAUAUGUUUGAAGGAUUAGGAUAAUAUCAUCAGCAGCACAAAUUCACAUUCCAUCUCUUACCCAGUCACACUGUAUUUAUUCACCAGUCUCUUCUCACUUACUGCAUCAGUUGUCACCAAAGCAACAGAUUGGAAACUGAUGAGGGGAGAGAUGCUUUGACGGGGCAGACUGAGAGGAUUUUGUCAGGGUGAUUUCAGGAUUGGAGGGAAUCGAAAGAACGAGCUUGGCCAGAAAGGAGGCUGUUCAGACAGUCACACACAGCCAUUCUUGUUACGUUUUAAGCUUUUCUGCCUUAAUGUCAAAUGCAGGAUACAUACCUGCCUCUAUGUAGAUUUAUAAGAUAAAUUCAAAAUAUCCUAGUAUAUUUAUACCAUGUCUGUAUGCCUCUAUCUGUGAGUGUCUGUGUGUCUAUACACAAUGUACCCAGCAUCAGCAUAUGGACAGGAACAUUUUAUGGCCAAUAUUAAGAAUGUGUUGUGUCAGUUACGAGGGCCCAAUAAAUAGGCCAAUUUAGCUCCAGGGAAUGCAGGUCAAAUGAGUGGUAAACAUAUAGCUGUUGCAGACCGGAUGUCGAGUAAGUAUAUUUUCUCACAAUACUUUUUCUGGUUGAAAAUAACGUCUGUCUUGGGCUGAGUAAAUGUCUGAUGUUAUGUUGAGAAAGAGACAGACAGACAGACAGACAGACAGACAGACAGACAGACAGACAGACAGACAGUGAGAGAGAGAGAGAGAGAGAGAGAGAGAGAGAGAGAGAGAGAGAGAGAGAGAGAGAGAGAGAGAGAGAGAGAGAGAGAGAGAGAGAGAGAGAGAGAGAGAGAGAGACCUUUCUCUUGUUAUGUGUUGUGUGUCAUCACUCACUAGAAUCACCAUCCUAGCUGUAUGAGGUCAUGGUCACAGGAUUAAUCAGCACACAGCUUGAAUAGGUCUCAGUUUUGACUUGGAGUUGUUCACAGGGUAAAAAAACAACAACAUAAGUAUAGCUGGUUUCUGCUGGUCGGUAACGUAGCUCAGCCUGUGCCUGAUGGAACAGAGGCCUGAGAUCCAUCCAGUCCAGCUCUGUGAUUGGCUGGAGCAGCAUUGCGGUGUCACCGCACAGGCCUUUAAUUGUUGGAAUAUGGGAAUCCAACGUUACUGUCUCAGUACCUGGAGUAGGAGAUUCCCAUGAAGCUUCCCCCUGUCUUUGAAGAUAUAUGGCUUUGUUUAUCUGGCUUUUUGUUUUGUCAUGAGCUAUAAAAACAAAUAAAUAUUUGAUUGCCAUUUUAACACAAUACUGUAGCGAUCAUUUCUUAUUAAGACAUUAUUCUGUUGAUGAAUUACUGACAUUCUUUUUGAAUAUUGAAAAGAAAACCAUGGAAAAUACCACAAGUGUUUUCUUUGAACAGUUUGUGUACAGUUUUUAUUUUUGUAUCAUUCUGGUGGAUGGUAAACGCAACUAUAAUGACAUAUUGAUAAUAUAUUGAAAAUAACUAUUUGCAUUAUCACAGCUUGUUUUCUAUAUUUUGUAAUGUUGGAUUGUAAAAUGACAAAUUUAUUCAGGUCAUUAUCAUUGAUAAUUAACCACGUUUAGUUAUAAGAAAAUAACUGAAUCGGUAAAACACUACUGGCCACACCAUCACGCUUUCCUUCUCUCUUUCUGUCCUCAUCUUUCCUCUGUCUUUCUCUUUUGUGCUAUCAUUUUUCUCACACAGAGAAGUAGGUACAUUUCAUUAUUAGAUUAAUUAGAUAGAUUGGAUGAAUUAGGAUUAGAUUAAUCAUCAGAAAAAUGAAAAUGUUUUGUACCCAAACUUUAUCUUAAGGGAGGUUGUAGGGUAGACAAUGUGGUUAAAGUAGUAUGUGGGUACAGUAUGUGUUUUUCUUUGAGGAUUUGGUAGUUAUGUCUCUCACUGGUUCCGUUGGACCUGGUUUCAAGGCUUAGUUUUUUUCUAUUGUGCUAUUCCAUAUUGCUCAAGUCAUAAUCAAUGAAAACUAUUCAUUAUCAAUAUGCCAUGUAGGAGUGAUUGUGAGUAAUUGACAGAUGUGUAUGGGUGAAGUGAGAGGUUAAAAAAACAAGAGGGUUCUGUGAGAGACAUUGCGUAGCCAUUUUGAAAUGAGCACCUCCACUUCUUGGUCACUUUUGUCAUAUUAGACUCCCUCUGAGAACAAUUAUCUGGGCUUUAAAUCAUGUGUUACUUGUUCACAAGUUAGGAAAAUUAUAUAAAUGGAGAAAACACCAUGAAAUGAUUGUAAUAUUUGUAAAUUAUAUUGCUGUAAUGUGUAAAAUGUGUCCAAGUUAUUUUUUAUUAUAUUAUUUUUAUGAAAGGUUUUCUUCUGAGAGAACUGAGGAGUUAUUUUGUGAAUAAAAUGCAUUUAAUAAGCAAACAGCUAUAAUAUACAAUUAUAUAUCAGUAUAUUUUUAUUUUAUUUCACUGUUCGGUACUGUAAAGUGUGUUAAAAUUACAAAUAAAGGAAGAUUUUUAAAAUAAU